AAAAAUUGAAAAAUUAAAAAAUGAAAGUAUUAUUUAUAAUAUAUAUUUAAAUAUAAAAUAUUACUUAAUUGAAUUUAGAAAUGAUGUUAUAGAUAUAGAAUUAAAAUGCCCAAAAUAUUUUCAAGAUUUAUUUAAAAAGAAGAAAGGCAAAAGAAAAACAUUUUUCGAACUAUGGAUGUUAUUUAAUGAAAUAAUGGAAGAAAAAGUUCGUAAAUAUCAAAUUGGAGGAUAUACUAUGGGGUUAGGAAUAUUUUCAGGAAUAGCAAAAUCUAUACAUUCUCUAAUUCCUGCACCUCUACUCUCUGCUAAAAAAGUUUGUACGGCAUGUCUUAUUUCACCUGAUCCCGCUACAAAAGUGAUAGCCAUUAUAAUCAUUAUUAUACUUUUUAUAAUACUUAUAGUAUAUUUAUAUUUUUUAAUUAAAAAAUCUGGAAUAUUAGAAAACGAAAAAGUCCAAAAAGUAAUAUCAAAAUUAAAAAGUUAUUAUAAAUCAUAA